AUGGCUGUGUUCGCAUUGUUCUGGCUACCUGGUCAGGUGAUGGCUUUCUUACUGGAGUUUAAAAAUGAAAAUGAAUUCAUUCUAACUUACGGCUCGGAUAUUGGCUACCUCUUUGUAUUUACAAACUGUGUAAUGAAUCCUUUAAUAUUCGCUUACUUUAGCCAAUGCCAUAAAAAAAUUCCAGUUUUUCGGAAACUAACAGCAAGUUCGAUUAAUCCAACGCUUGCUUGCGAGCUUGGCAACUCCACAUUCAGGCGAGAAUCUGAGAGACGUGAUUCGAACCAACAAAGACGAGGGUCGCUACCGGGGAAUAUAAAACGCGUCCCUCUAGCGAGAACGUUAAAACGGCCUUCGCUGCCUGCCAUCCUACAGUGCGAAAGCAUCACUGAAGUGCAAAGGGAAGACUUACUACAAGCAGGAAGAAAUACAGAUUUCGUAACUGCGAAAAGAAAUAGUAGCGUACUUCCACAAAAGAAACAGCUACCAGUACUGGCAGAAAUGCAAACCUCAGACACAAUUUCUUUAAUAAUGCAAACCAACUAUUUGCCGCAAGAACAUCAAAACGGCGAAUUGCGUCACAGUAUUGAAAACAAUGACCCGACGCAAAAACGCGGCUCAAUUCCAGGCUCGCGCAAGAAGCUCUCGUUCUCAUUAACGUCACUAACAACUCCAAACAACAAUUCUAUUCCAAACCUCCUAAAACAACCCAAAGCACAAACUGAUGAUUUUCCUAAAGAAUGGUACGAACGUCCACAAAAGCGUUCUUCGUUUUCAAUUCUCAAAAAACGAGAUUCGAUUACAGGGGCGCAGCGUGACUCGGUUCGUAGCAUCCAUUCUGAGAAAAAUGGUGACGUAGAUGCUGGAAAUAGAGUGAUGAGAAAUUUCUUGGAAAUUAUAAAAACAAUGAAGGAAGACGUUUUGAGGAAAUACCUCGACGCGACACCAGAAACUGUGUUAAACUAACCUAUGAAUAAGCUCUUCAAACUUGUUUGCCAACCAGGAGUCGCAAAGAAACAUCCCAUGUACGAAAUUCAUGUAUUAAUGCACCAAUUCGUUAAGCAAAUAUUCUAAGACAAUUAAGAAACCAACUAUGACACACACAAUGUUGUGGGUUGUUGAGGAGAAAGGCUCCGAUUAUACUUUAAACUGUGACCAAAGUGUCACCCCACAGACUCACUAUUACAGCAAUAUGAUUGUGAUAUAAUUAUAUGUCCUCAGGGGGUCGUGGUUCCCCCAUGUUGGACUUUACCCAAGGGGUAGUAGCUCCCCAGAUGGGCAUUCUAAAUGUCCAAGGGGUAGUGGAUCCCUGUGAUGGUCAUUGUUUACUUUAAAAUACACUGUAUAAUACAUUGACUUGUGUGAGUCUAUGGGGUUGAGGGUGGCCUUUGGGAGCACGCGAUCCCCAACAACCAAAUUUUAACAUGCAGGAAUCACAAAAGAAACAUUCCAUGUACGAAAUUCAUGUAUUUGUAACUAUAUAAAUCACUGUACAAAAUUACAUUACGGACACGUAAUGAGAUUUAUAAGAUGAAGACAUGGAGGGAAUGUUGGAAGAGCUAAUGAUAAUUUUUUAUUAGUCUUCCUCCAACAUGGACGUCA